CAGAAGCAACUUUCUAGGGUAGAGAAGUGUGUUGGUGGAUGCAUGUUGAUUAUUGAUGUUAAGAGAAGUUUGUUGAAGCAUGAAAAAGUCAUGAUUGAACUACCAACUCCAAAUACCCGAGCAUUCGUUUAGCAAGAGAGAGGGAGAAGAAAACUAAAACUGUGGAUUGCUUGGUGGCUAGCUACUAGCUAAUUAAUCGAUGAAUUAGCAGAAAGAAGGUGGGAAGAUUAUCAAUAUAAUUAGCUAAGCUAGAUUCGUCGUCAAACACCAUCCACCGAUCCUCCAAAAGUUGAAUAAAUCAAAAACUUUUGUCUCCCCCACUCAGUUUUCAAUUUUCAUAUAUCAUCCAGUCAUCCUUCUUCUUCAUUUACUCGGUACUAUUUGUCGUUCUUAAUUACUAAGCGCAAAGGUACUUAUUUCUUGCUUUCAUUAUUGGGAUAUCUAUAUAUGUAUAUGAGUGUGAGAGAGUGAUAUUACAUAUCUAAAUGUUUGAUUAAUGUAGCAAGCUAGGAAUCGAGCAGUCUCUGGGGCGGCAGCUAAGAAUGAGGGGGAAGCCGAUCGUAUCAUCAGGCAGAGCCAUAAUACUGCUAUGCAUGGGUUGCUUUGUGGCGGGAUCACUGUUUACCAGCUGGAGUGGCAGUAGUCGUAAAAGCUAUUCUUCAGCUGCCAAAGACAACCAUAAACAACUUGUUCCUCCGCCGCUCACUCCUCAUAAUUUUUCCACUGAACCGAACCAAGCCAAGCACGACUGCGAGCACAAGCGUAAACUGGCGGAGGAGAGGCCGGCAGCUGCUGCUAUUGGAGAUAUAAUGGAUGAAGUAGAGAGGACCCAUCAAUCUAUCAAGUCGCUGGAGACAACGAUGUCGUCAUUAGAGAUGGAACUGGCAGUGGCUAGAACAAGGCAACGGCGAGAGCCUGCUGCCGCAAGGGGAGGUCCCCGGCAAGUUACGAACAAUGUUAAUGCUAGAAAUUUAUCAAGUAGUAAGAUCAAUGAUUCAUCAUCAACGUCGACGCCGGGAGUAGUUGGGCUAGGGCUAGGACUGGAACUGGAACUGCAAAAGGCGUUCGUAGUGAUCGGAAUCAACACAGCAUUCAGCAGCAGGAAACGGCGGGAGUCGGUUAGGGAGACUUGGAUGCCGAAAGGUGAGAAGCUCAAGGCCCUGGAGAAGGAAAAAGGGAUAGUGAUAAGGUUCGUGAUAGGCCACAGCGCCACCCCUGGGGGAGUUCUUGACAAGGCGCUCGACGCCGAGCAAGACAAACACAAUGACUUCCUCAGGCUAAACCACGUCGAAGGUUACCACCAGCUCUCCACCAAGACCAGGCUCUAUUUCUCUACUGCCGCCUCCAUUUGGGACGCUCACUUCUACGUCAAGGUCGAUGACGACGUUCACCUCAACUUAGGUGUGCUGGUUACCACCUUAGCAAAAUAUCGUUCAACACCUAGGGUAUACAUUGGAUGCAUGAAAUCCGGACCAGUUCUAUUUCAGAAAGGGGUGAAGUACUAUGAGGCCGAGCACUGGAAAUUCGGGGAAGAAGGGAACAAGUACUUUAGGCAUGCAACUGGCCAACUCUAUGCCAUCUCCAAAGACCUGGCUGCCUAUAUCUCCCUCAAUUCGCCCAUACUUCACAGAUAUGCAAAUGAGGAUGUGUCAUUAGGGGCGUGGUUGAUUGGGCUGGAGGUUCAACAUGUAGAUGAACGCUCCAUGUGUUGCGGUACUCCUCCAGAUUGUGUAUGGAAAGCAGAAGCAGGAAAUGUAUGUGUGGCAUCGUUCGACUGGUCGUGCAGUGGAAUUUGCAAGUCUGUGGAAAGAAUGAGACAGGUGCAUACUUCUUGUGGUGAAGGUGAAGCUGCCGUUUGGAAUGUUGAUCUUUGACCAACCGGUCACCUCUAGCUAGCUAUUUCAGUUUCACCAAUGAACGUCCAUAGUACUAUUACUUAUUCGCCUUUAUUUACUUUUAGCUACCUAGCUAGAUGAACAUUAUCAUUAUUUUGGACUUCCAAACUUGUUCCUCCUAGGAUGGGUUGAAACUUUUGCAUUAUUACUUUAGGUCUCCCGAUUAGGGUUGUUCAAACGGUGUGGUUACCGUCAUUUUAACCAGUACUAUUUGGAUAAUUUGGUUAUGUUAAUUUGGAUAAUUGGUUUGGUUUGGUUAAAGUUUUUAGCUUGUUUGGUUUAUGUGGUUUGUUUUGGUUUGGUUUCAGACAAUACUAACCAGUCAAACCAAAUUAACUAGUUAAGUAAUUAGCCAUAUAUCUAAUAUAUAUUAUCUACACAUACUUAAUACGUACAUGUGCAAUCAUUCCGACAAGUCGUGGUAGCGAGUUAGGAGGAGCUACACCUGGGUAAAUCCUUCUCAUUUACGAUCCACAUUCUGCACAACCAUUUUGUAGAUUUAAACCAGGCUUCGAUUCUGCAGAUGAGAUAUUUCUCCACAAAAUUCUUGCCAUCCAUGCACUCUUCAUUCCUCUGCUUCCAAAGAUGCCAAACGGUCAACCCAAAGUCAACACCAUGCGUUUCAUCCUUCAGGUUACUUGACAACCAUUCCUUGAACGACAGGUUCCUUUCCUUGUUGGUGACUUUAGUUUUGAACAUUUCCCAGAUUGUUGUUGUUUUGCUGCAGUGACGGAGAAUAUGUUCUGUGGUUUCCUCGACGUCCUUGCAAUGGCUACAAUUGUCAUUAAUGGAAAUCUUCCUCUUGACUUGUUCCUUAUUGGUGAGUAGUUUGUCAUGCAUACAAGACAAAGAAAAUGCUUGGUACGGCUAGGCCCUUUCCAUUUCUAGAGGUUUUUCCAUAUAGUUUCUUCACUUAAAUCCAGUUGGUCUGCUACAAGUUUGUAAGCAGACUUCAACCUGAAGCGUCCAUCCCUUUCCAGCCCCCAGAUGCAUUUGUCCUCUCCCAGACUGCUCUUUGAAGGUUACAUACCAGCAAUCAGAGAGACGAUAUUGGGAGGAAGAAAAUCCUGGAGUUUCUGCCAGUUCCACUCUCCACUUCCAUCAAUCCAAUCCGCCACAGAGGAGUCAUCCUGGCUCACAUCCACAUCUUCCAGGGAAUGGUCCUUGAGGAGGAUGUCGUGGUCAAGCCAAGGGUGGUCCCAGAAGCUCGUUGUCCUUCCAUUCCUGAUGCUCUAGCAGGCUGCACUUUUCAUGAGAGGCAUUGCUUUCAUAAUGGCCUUCCACAGGGAGGAGUGGUUGCUUCUCUUCAUAUCAACAAUCUGCCCAUCCUGGUGCUUGAAGUACUUUCUUUGCAUGACCUGCACCCAAAGAUCAAAACUAUUAUUCAGAAUUUGUCAGGCAAGCUUGAUCAUGAAGGCCAUAUUUAAACUUCUAGCAGUUCUAAGUCCUAGUCCCCUUGGUUUUUAGGUCUGCAAAUUUUUUCCCAGGAAACCAGAUGGACUAUAUUCUUUUCCUCAUUGGACCCCCAAACAAACCCUCUUAUCUUUUUUUCAAUUAAAUCACAAACAGAAGCAGUGAGAAUCGUGGCCUGCAUUGCAUAGGUGGGGAUGGCAUUAAGAACAGAGAGAGCUACUGUAACUCUUCCUGCUAAGGACAUGGUUCUAGCUUUCCAUGAAGUGAGUUUCUGAUCAAUCUUGUCAAGAAUAUACCUAUAGGUGUUUCUAUUAAUCAUGCCAUGGAUAACAGGUACACCAAGAUAUCUAUCUAGGUCGAGGGUCGAUUGAAUGCCAAGUUUACCACAAAUAUUCCUCCUAUCCCUAUCUCUAGUAUUUUCAGAACAAAAGGAUUCUAGACUUAUCCUUGCUUACGAGCUCCCCCGAGGAACUACAAAAUCAAUCAACACAGCUGUUAAUGACUUCUGCUUGCUUCAAAGAGGCCUCAGCAAACAGGACAAGAUCGUCCGCGAAGAAUAGAUGUGUGAGAGGAGGCCCUCCAGGGGAGAGUCUCAUCGGACACCACCUCUUUUCACUAACUUCUUAUAAAAUGCAAUGUCCUAA